AUGGGACAUCGCGAAAAGCUAGGCCUAAGCACCAGAGGAGCUGAUGUUAUGGGCUGGGUUCGUCUCAUCUCCGCAGAAGUUUCAUUGGUCAUCUCUCCCUCUUGCUAUGGCAAGAUGGACAGUCAGCAGUGGAUGGCAUGUGCCAUCCUCUCGCUUGUCAUUAUUGGCUGUUUCGGCAAUUCACUUUCAUUACUUUUAUUCAGUCGACCACAUAUGCGGUCUUCACAACAAUCUGCCGUAACCUAUUUGGCAUACGUGCUGAAAUGGGUCUAUCCUGUUAAUCUGACCAUGCAAACGUGCAGCGUUUACACCAUGGUCAUGAUCACCUUCGAGCGAUGGACGGCAGUCUGUCGGCCGCUU